UCUACACGAACGCCGACGUAUUUUUCAGGGACAUCAUACUGUGUCAGUUUGGAUUACAUGCCUUUUCAUCAUCGCAACAACGACCUCAUCUUUGUAAUAUUCGAUAGUUUCAACGUUUUCUACAGUUUUUACACGUACGAGAAACUUCGAUUCCCAGAAUGCUUUGUAAUACGUCUCAUUCAAGUAUCCUGGCAACCAGAAACUUCACCGGACUCGGCUCAAAUAAAACAUGACUGAUGCAUGAACUAAUAAUGUAGACCACAACAAACAAAACGAGAUGGUAUUAGCUGCAUGCGGAAGAUAAAAUAUACAAACACAAAUGAACGACUCCAUGAUCAUGGACUGCAAGCAUGAUGAUCUGCUCUCCAGACCGUCCAUCACACCUGACUCUGACAUAACAGAAGAGCUCCUGCAUUUGCAUCAUUCCUUUGGUUAUGAUAGUGGACGCAGAUCAAACCUGCAGCUGCUGGAAGAGAGAACACUGGUGUUUAUAGCUGGUAACCAUCUGGUCUUCAUUGACAUCCACACGAACGAGCAGAGAUACCUCAGGUCCUGCAGCGGACAAGGGAUCGGCUCAAUUGCAGUGCACACAAGCUCGAAGUGCUUUGCUGUUGGCGAGAAGGGAACUAAGCCCAAUAUUAUUGUGUACGAGCAUCCAUCCUUGAAGCCGUUCCACAUCCUAAGAGGAGGAGCUGAGCGAGCGUACAGCUGCUUGAACUUCAACCAUGACGGCAGUCUGCUGGCCAGUGUGAGCAGCUCUCCAGACUUUAUGCUGACCCUGUGGAACUGGGGGCAGGAGGAGGUGAUGCUCAGCUGCAAGGUCAUGUCUCCGGAGGUGUAUCGGAUCAGCUUCUCCCCACACAACCCUGGGUUGUUGACAUCUGCAGGAUCAGGUCACAUCAAGUUCUGGAAGAUGGCAAGUACAUUCACUGGCCUCAAACUACAGGGACUCAUGGGACAUUUUGGGAAAAGGGCAGCUACUGAUAUUGAGGGUUACGUGGAGCUCCCAGAUGGGAAGGUUGUGUCCGGGUCAGACCGAGGAAACAUGCUGCUGUGGGAAGGAACCGGCAUUAAGGUGGAAAUCUGCCGAAAAGAUGGCCGUCCCUGUCACGAGGGCACAGUCCAACCAUUUUCUUUGGAAGAUGGACAGCUGCUGACGUUUGGCUCCGAUGGUGUAAUUCGGAGCUGGGACCUGGAGAGCAUUGACUCUGCUGAAGCCGACAGUGACUGGGUUGAGCUGGAGCCCAUGGAUGAAAUGAUGGUUGGAUACAACGUCAGCCUCUCUUGGAUGGUGAAGAGCCCUGUGCCUGGCUCCUUCGUCUGGUUUGCUCAGGAUUCACGUGGAGCCAUCUGGAAACUGGAUCUUUCAUUCACCUACACCACUCCCGAUCCAGAAUGCCUGUUUUCUUUCCAUGCUGGAGCCAUCCAAGCGCUACAUGUGUCCAGCCACAGUCACCUCAUGACCACCACCACUCUGGAUCGCUCUGUGAAAGUGUUUGACUUUCUGGCUAAAAGAGAGUUGGCCCAGAUCUCCUUCAACCAGGGGGGAACGGCUCUAUGCUGGGCUCCACGUCUGGGAAACCAACAUGGGGCUCUACUUUUGACUGGCUUCGAAGAUGGUGUCAUCCGCUUACUUGAGCUGUUGAGGGACGAGUAUGGGAGUGGGAGGAGCAAAGGCCUGGAUGCUAAACUGCACCUCAGACAGGCGUUUAAACCCCACGAUGCACCUGUGACAGCUGUCGCAUACGAGAGAAACGGAGCGACAGUAGCCACCGGGAGCUCUGACUGCACUGUCUUCUUUUUCACCGUUGGAGAGACUUACAGGCCAAUUGGGUUCAUUCAUGUUCCUGGGCCGGUGCAGGGCCUGGAGUGGUCCCCUCUUUCUCAUACUGAGAACCGACUCCUCAUCCUGUGUCAGAAUGGAUAUGUAGCUGAAGUGCACUGCCCCAAACUGGAACACCAGAGUCAAACAAAAACCUUCCUGCUUGCUGAGCUGCCCAGAAGGUCCUUCAGAUUCAAGAGCAUCAAGCACCAAAUGAAGACAGUGGAGGAGCCAAGACUGAUGGGCGAGGGGGAGAAGUGUGGGAAAAAAGAGGAGUUUUUAGAUCCUCUACCGGAUGCAAGUCUUCUGUACUGUGGGUUCUACUCAGAGCCUGGUCACAUCUGGCUCUCCAUGGGGGGUGACGAUGCUGGAUCACUCUAUCACUGUAAGUUCCCUGAGAAUCUUGAAGAGGAAACCGAGCAGUGGCAAGCGCCGUUUGACCUCAGACGUUUGCACAACAACGACCCCAUUCUCUCCAUCACCUUUAGCUCCACAAGGCACUUGAUGUUCUGUGGCCUUCGCUCAGGCUCCAUCAGGGUCUACAAACUGCAACCCAAUGACCCCUGUUUGACCUCCUUGCAUGCCUGCUGGGAGCUGAGUGUCCAUGACAACCAUCAUGGAUGUUUGAAGCACAUUUGCUGCAGCUACGAUGAUCAUUUUCUGCUGACAGCAGGGGAUGAUGGAAACAUCUUCUCAUUCAGCCUUCGCUCAGCAGAGGAGCUGCAGAAAGGUCUGCGUAUGGUCAAGCUUCCUGGUCGCAGGGUCAGCCAUGAAAAGGAUGACUUGGCUCAGGACAUUGAUGACCCAGCAGCCAACAGCAUGGAGGCAGCCAUGCAGAUGUUAGAGAAGGAGCACGUUCACCAGGAGGCUUCUGUAAGGUUGGCAGAGAAGCUUAAAAGGCUCGGUGAGCUCCAGAGAGCAUAUCAACAUCUGGUGAAGGAGAACCAGAGCCUUCCGGAGCACAUACGCCUGACCCCCAUGGAGCUGAUGCUGGAUCAGCGAUUCAGUGAACAGACAGAAAGAGAGAAGACUGAGAAAGUGAAGGCGGUUCAGAAUCAGCUUGCCUGGGAAGAGGAGAGGAGCAGGAGAGGUCUACACAAACUACAGGAAUGGUUUAAAGAGUCCUUAAAUUCCAACCUGGUGACUGUGGCAGCCAUCACCAGCAGUCAUCUGGUGACCACCUACAGCCUACAAGAACCCAUCGAUCCUCCAGGCUCUCGCCCGCCGCACGGCAGAGCAGAGCAGCUUGGUGCUGAUGCAGCUGCCGCAGUGGAUAGUUUCCCGUCUGAGGACAGACUUUCAAGAGAGGCCAGUCAGCUGGAUGCAGAGGUCCCGGUGCAGAUGCCUGUACCUCCUCCUUCCACGAUGAAGCUGGCAGACCGACAGAUGGAGAGACUUCGGAAAGCUGCGGAGAAAGCUGAGCGAGCUCGAGCCAAGAUUGAGAAGAGGAGGCAGGAGUGGGAGCAACUUUACGCGGAGAGACCAAAGGAGAACCAUGAAGAUCCGCAGGAUGUCCAGGCUAUCUGUGAGGCGAAGGAAACGAUUGGCGACUUUAAACUGAAGUCAGCUAAAGACUUCACAGUGCCCAAACACUUGAGGAUGACCCUGGAGAGGAAGAGGGCAGAGAAGAGGAGUCUGGAGGAAAAGUGGAAUCCAACUGCUGGGAUGCUGAGGCAGAUGCUAAAGUUAAGAGAAAAGCAGGUGGAGAUGAACAGACGGAUUUGGGCACUGAGAGACUCAAAAGCUCGUCUGGUGUCUGAGCUGCAUGAGAAGUCAAACCAGCUCCAGAGGGUCCACAAACUUCUGCCAUCCCAUCUCCAUCGUCUGUCACCUAGCAUCCCCAGACUGCUGCCAGAGGAGGAGGGCGGCAGCACACUGACAGAGCACAGAAACAUUUUCCCAGCUGUGGAGAAGGACCGACUCUUGGGUUUUCUGGAGAGGAUAGAAGAAGAGGAGCAAGGAAUGAGUUUGACAGCUGAAGAUCAAGAAGGCAGUUUCAACGCAGAGCUCAGCCAACUGGAGGAGGAGCUUCUGAAGGGAGCAGAAAUCAAACUUCUCUACUUGCAAGACUCGCUCAUAGAGCAGAUGGAGAGGUCCGUAUCGCAGUUUGAUGCCCAGCUUGUGCUGCGUCAGCAGAAGCUGCUUCUGGACUGGGAGCUUAAACUUGCUGACAUGCACCAGCUGACGCUGUACCAGGAGCUCCUGGUGCUGCAGGAGGUGAACCAGAGGGAGGAGCUGCUGCAGGAGAGGCUCUUGGCUCGACUGGAGGAGCAGAAUGGCGUCACGUCGAAGUUGGAGGAACGAAAUAAGCAGCUGGAUGCGAGGCGCAGAGACGUAGCAAAACUGCAGGGCCGGGACAAGUCUCUGGCUGCAGCCUUCCGGGCCUCACUUGGGGAAGAUAACAAAUUUGAGGAGUUUCUUACCAAAGUCUUCCAAAAGAAGGUCAAACGAGCAAAGCCAAAGGAGCAUGCGGAAGGUGAGAGGACUGAAAUAUCGAGUCACCUGAGAAGGUCCAGUGUGAAAGAUGCUUCUGCAGGUGAGGACAACACGUGCGAUCAGUCCGGGGAGGAGGAUGACUGGGAUGAGGACGAUGAGGAUGAAGAUUAUUUCAGCAACACAGAAGAGAGAGGAUCUUCUCUGGAUGACAGUGUUUGCCCUUCAGGCUGUGACCCACAGUUGUUUGACAGCACACUGAAGCUUCGUAAUCAUCGCUUGGAUCUGGAGGAACAGCUGGCAGAAGAGAAGAAGAACGUUGACACUCUGGUAAAGGAGUGUGACGCCCUCAUGAAGAAGAAGAAAUCAGCGGAAGCCAGUCGGAAGGCAGCAGAGGACGACUUGGAGAAGAUCAAUCAGGAGAAACAUCUGAGAAGUAACGCUCUGGAUGUGGUGGUGCCCCUGAGACUUCGCCAGAUUGAGUUUGUGGUGGAUGGAGCAUUGCCUGGUGACUUGAGCCUGGCACUGGUGCUGCCAAGAACGGAACUGAAGCGACUACAAGAACGGAUCGCACAACUGCAUUCGGAGAAGAUCCAGCAGAGGGAGGUCUACACUCAAGCCCACCAGCAGCACUUCAAGCUCAUCCAAGAGUGUAAAGACAUGGAUGCUGAAAUUCAAGUUCUAGAGAAGCAGUGCAACCAGCUGAUGAUGAUGAAGUUUGGGAGGCAGGUGGAUCUGGAAGCUCUGCAGACGCUGUCAGGGAACCGGACGUUGGAGGAGUUGAAGCAAGAAAAGCUUUUCCAAGAGAGUCAAAAUGACAAGGACAUGAAAGGCUGGGAGGCAAAGGUAGAGGAGGCAAGACAGUCACUGGCUGAAGUGACAAGGUACAACACAGAGCGUCUUCUUCGCUUAAAAAGCCUCCUGGACGAGAAGAACGCUCUUGAACAGAAACUCAAGACUCAGCUUCGACACAUUAUCUGACCGUGACUGUUCUGAACCUCAAACUAACUUGGAGUUGUUGAUAUGUUUUAUUUUCAAUGUCAGCCAGCACCUAAUAUAUACAAGUCAUUCAUUCCAUUUUAAUCAUUUCCCACUAGGCAGAGUAGAGCACAUGAAGACAAUGAAGGGAAAACAAGUUUCAUUUUUUUUGCCCAACACGUGACCGGUCUUUUCAUCCAAAGGCACAUUAGUUCAGGAACACAAACUAAUACAAUGCAUCAGUUGAAGCUUGACCAAUUCAACGAUCAGUAGUCAUUACACAAUUGAUGGAUAAUAUAUGCAGCUCAAGAUGAACAUAUACAGUAAUAAUUUCUUUGGAAAAAUGUUAGAUAAUAAAGUAUUUUAGACAACAAAAUGCCAAGCUAAUGGUGUGUUGUUCGUCUGUGAAAGUGAAUAACUUCAGGGUGAAACAAAGGUGAGGUCACCUAAAUUAAAAAUGGA